AUGGCUGCCUGGUCCGCCAAGCUCACGGCCCGGCCGGUGGCCGCCAACGGCGGCCUCUUCGAGCUGAGAGAGGCAGUUGGGGUUGGAGGCAGUGAGGUCGCUGUGGAUGGUUCCUGUGCACAGCUGCAGACGGCCUGUGGCCUCAACGUGCGCGCAUCGAAGCUCAACCCGGGUGAGUACAAGUUCGCCAGAGUGAAGGAGCGCUCGUUGUCCCCGCUCUUCUGCGAGAUUCUGGUGGUCGUUUGGCAGCACAAGAAGCUCCUGGGAGGGCAGAAGCACUUCCCGGACCGGCCGACUCUCAGGCACAAAGUCAAGAAGGAGGAGUUCUGUUCGGGCUACACGGAUUUCGAGUACGUGUACAUGACAGUGCUGGGCCUUGCUAAGCUCCAUUCGCUUGUCGAGGAGAUCACCAAGUUGAACAACGGCGAGGGUUUCACUCGGAACCCGGGGGUGCAGCUGCUUGAGCGUGCCUGCGGCAUGACCAUGCACGGGGACCGAGAAGGGGCCAACGCAAUGCUGCGCUCUGCGCCAACAGCGCUGCUGGAGGCCUUUCAGGCGGCCAAAGCCUCUGGGCGCUUCCUGGACUUCUUCAGGCAAGCCUUCGAUCGCCAGGCGGAUCCUUGUUUGGAGGGCCGUACCUCGCGGCUCUUACACUUCCUGGAGUCCCAUCGACUCACCUCCACCUCGGCGGCUCCAUGGGAGGAUGUAUCAUUGCGACCUCUUGCGGCAGAUGCAGCUAUCAAAGAUGUAGCUGGGGAGCACCUCCGCGUCUUCGGCAACGAGUGCACCUGGCAGUGGUCCAGGCAGCGCGAGAUGUCUUAUGAGGAGGCCCAGCGCGCCAGGUUCAGCGGCGAUGAUGCGGCGGCAGAAGACUUUGCUCGUCUCUUCAAUGCCGAGAGCUUCAGCAGAGCCAUGCGGGCGCGUGGCGUAGUGCGCCGCCGCGCCGCGGCACGGUGGGAGGCGCAAGUGGAAGACGGCAGCUGGAGCCCCUACGAUGACGAGGCCUCCGCCGCCAUCGAGGCUGCGCACCUGGCCGGCCAGCCGCGUUUGGAGCUGCGGCUUGGCCCACGAGGCUGGACAUACGUCAUUGACCUCGCGAAUCAGGUUCAGCUGAACCCCAAGACGCGGAAGUCGCGCCCCAUCCGGCGGUCAGAGGCUGUGGCUUCCCCCGUGUCGCCAGAGGCAGCGGCUGCAGGAGCGCGGCUCACGGAGGAGGAGCUGGCGGAGACCAUCAGGUUCUUCGCGCCUCGGGCCGUGUCGGGUGUCGGGGGCCGCGUCGGGCAACGCGAAGGCGAAGGGCGAAGCGCCUCCUUUGCUGUCAAGGAAUCCCAAGGUGAAAGUCAGAAGUGA